UAAGUGUAAUAUUUUAUCAGCUUUCGCGAAAAAACCAAUCUGAACACGAAUUAGGGAUAGACAAUAUUUCAUAGACUACAGAGCAGUAGAGGUUUCAUUCAUUUCAGCCGUCAAAAUAAUCUUUUCUUUCUGACCCAGCCAAUAUGGGUAUCAGUCGUGAUCAUUGGCAUAAACGAAGAGCUACUGGCGGCAAACGUGCGCCGAUCCGUAAGAAGAGGAAGUAUGAGUUAGGUCGCCCGGCUGCCAACACCAAGCUUGGCUCUCAACGUAUUCAUUUAGUGCGUGCUCGUGGUGGUAAUGUCAAGUACCGUGCUUUACGCCUCGACACUGGAAACAUUUCAUGGGGUUCGGAAUGUUCCACUCGCAAAACUCGCAUCAUCGAUGUUGUAUACAAUGCCUCUAACAAUGAGUUGGUCCGUACAAAGACAUUGGUAAAGAAUGCCAUCGUUGUUGUUGAUGCCACACCAUUCAGGCAAUGGUAUGAGUCUCAUUACCUUCUGCCCCUUGGUAGAAAGAAGGGCGCCAAGUUGACUGAAGCUGAGGAAGCUAUCAUCAACAAGAAGCGCAGUAAGAAAACUGCUAAGAAGUAUUUGGCAAGACAGCGUCUUUCAAAGGUUGAAGCUGCUUUAGAGGAACAGUUCCAUACUGGACGUUUAUUAGCAUGCAUAGCAAGUAGGCCAGGCCAGUGUGGGCGGGCUGAUGGCUAUGUGCUUGAAGGAAAAGAACUGGAGUUCUACCUAAGAAAGAUCAAAUCCAAGAGAGCGAAGUAGGAAGUGUAAUGUAAAAUUAAAUACUAAAAACUA